ACGAGGAAUGAAUGGAGAGAGUAGGCAGAGAAAGAGGAGAGGGGGAAGGGAGAGGAGAAAAGAGGAGAGGGAAGGAGUGAUCAGAUGUGGAGAGUGGAGUCACUCACGUCAGAUGAUGAUGAGAAUGAUGAUGACAAUGAUGAUGACAAUGAUGAUGACAAUGAUGAUGAUGAUGAUGAUGAUGAUGAUGAUGAUGAUGAUGAUGAUGAUGAUGAUAACGAUGAUGAUGAUGAUGGUGAUGAUGAUGAUGAUGAUGAUGAUGAUGAUGAUGAUGAUGAUGUGAAGAUGACGAUGCUGAUGUCGUCGAUGAUGAUGAUAAUGUUGAAGAUGAAGAUAAUGAAGAUUACCGCACGUGGGUUCGCGCGUGCGCAAAGCUGGCUUUCAGCCAUUGUGACGAUGCCAAACAGCAUCCUGGGCCAGAUGAACCAUGUCAUCCGUUGCGCUCCACAUCAGCGACGGGGAGGAAGAGAACGACAAAGACAUGGCAUGAGGGCAGCGUACAGCCUGCAAGGUGAGAUUCCGGCGUCAAGGCGAUCGUGGAGGGGGAAGACGUCGAGGAGGAUUCCAAAUUAAAUGGGAGGAGGAUGUAAGUCGUGGACUCAGUUUUUGAAUAACGGGAUUGGCAGCGGAGAUUGGGAGGGGGCCGAUCAGGAUGUGGGAUUGAGUGGAGGAGAAGGUCCGAAUGUCAGCCGAUCCAUCAGGGUGAGGAUGUAGAACCGAUGCAGUGCAGGUGAAAGAACGGCAAGGCAACAGUUUUUUUUUUUUUUUUUUGCAACAGGGUAUGGCAUCCAGGUCGUUUUCGAUAAAUCGGUUUGUCCAUC